CGGAACUUAAGUUUUUCCCCCCGUUUCCACACGACGGCAGAACACACAUUGUCAAGUACUGUUUACCAGCAGUGGUGUCUCAAGAGGUUCAAAUGUCACAUUUUAAUCUGUGUAAUUUAGUCGUCGCCUUUUAAACGACCUGGAGCACUUAUGAUUAGCCUUGAGAUAGUGAGGCGUAAUGUUAAAAGUUUUAAGCGUGCUCAGGUUGUUUUAUUUCAAAUCUAUCAAAUUUACAGUGAGACCCAGGUAUUUCUCUACCAAAUGUAUGGGUGAUGCAUCUAUUAAGAGGUUCAUUUCAGAGAACACGGAGAUUGUUGAACAUCAAAACCUGACACCCGAGAUCAAACUCAGACUUUUCACCCCAAACUGUAGGUUUUGGGUUGAAAGACCAGAACUUUGGCCUUUUGAUGACCCGUACUGGGCCAUAUACUGGCCAGGAGGUCAAGCGCUUGCAAGGUACCUCCUGGAUAAUCCUGGAGUAUGUUUGGGAAAAUCCGUCUUGGAUCUAGGAAGUGGCUGUGGUGCUUCGAUCAUCGCUGCAAAACUGUGUGGCGCCAAUCGAGUGGUUGCUAAUGACAUUGACUCGGUCGCCACACUUGCAACCUGCAUGAACUUUGAGCUCAACGGUCUGGAGGCCCCGGUUUGUGUGACAGAUAACCUGAUUGGUUCAGAUCCUGGUAGCUUUGACCUGAUCCUCCUUGGGGAUAUGUUCUAUGACGAGGCCCUCUGCUGCAACCUUCACACUUGGUUGGAAAACUGUGUCAAAACUCACAACAGCAAAGUUCUAAUUGGAGAUCCUGGCAGAUCCCAGUUUGAGGAGCAAGGCUUUCAAAAACACCUGCAGAAGUUGGCUGAGUUUGAGCUGCCCAAGACUGUUCGAGAAGAAAACUAUGGUCUUACCUGCAGCAGUGUUUGGUGCUAUUGAUUAGGAACUGACAUGAACAUAAAGUUG